CUUCAUAUAUCUUCUUUUGGCAACUGAGAAACUUCAAAGUGAAAAAUGUUGCUUGCCAAAUUAUGCUGAACUCACAGUUUCUUCUUGAAGUGAGACAUGUGCAGAACUAGUUUAUGCUUAUCAGCAGCUGACACCUUAGCAGCGCCUCUUGCAGCACAUAAAAUAUUCUUACACCUUGGCAACUAAGUAGGUGCCAUCGAGAACCUUUAAGUAGAGCCCUCCAAGCGGCUGGUCAGCUCAGUUGCUCGCGUAUCGUUCAAGCCAACAGUUCUGAAAAGUGUUGAGUGGAAGACAGCUAACUGCAAUUGCUACUGGCCCAGAACUGGUUUCUCGCAUCUCUCAAUCUCGCUCAGAAUGUUGAAGCUGUCGUCGUUGAUGUUGUUAACGUUUAGCGUGUUGCACGUUCAAAUGCAGCCGCUGCAGCAAGAGCCAGAGGAAAAUGAAUCGUCUCGUGCGCUCUACGAUCAACGCCAGACGGGCAAAUACAAUAUACACGUGAGCAUCAAGGAUGUGGCCAUCAUAGAGGUGGAUCAAAAUGAGCUGGCCGAUGAAUCGUAUAAUGAGGACGACGAUGAUUACUACUAUGAUGACAGUGCGCUGACCAUUAAGCCCAUCAAGUUUACCACCGAAGCCAGCACAGCAGCAACAGCAGCAACAACAACAACAACGGAAACAGCAACAUCAUCCGCAGAACCAUCAAGCACACCUACAGCAAGUCAGCCAACAACUGUCGCUACUGCUGCUGCGUCGAUACCAACGCCCAGCAGCAAUAUGAGCUCCUAUAGCGCUCAGCUCUUGGCGGACAUUGCAGCGACGCAACGAUUGCGUCCCAAGGCGAACAAUUUAAUUAUUAUGGAGACGCCCAUAGGCGGCUCGUCAACGCUGUUGCCCAAAUGGUUGCAUGCGCGCUCCAAAGAUGAGCCCCUAACGACAACGACAACAACAAAAACAACAUCAAGAACACCGAUCGCUGCAGCUCCAACUGCCCCGUACUAUCCCCCGCGUAUAGAGUAUACGCCCGCUCAAGGUCAUGAUUCGCCCAUAUUCAAGGUCAAAGUGCAACGUGCCGCACCAGCUGAGACGACCGCACGCUGUCGCGCCCAUCAGUUCCGCGAUGCGCAGGGCAAAUGCCGCACCAAACGCAACUCUGGUUCCAUCUUAAGAAAGCUGUUCAGCAUGCUGGUGUCGCUGCCCUUUGCCGGCAAUCGUCAUGCUCAUGGACAUGGUCUUCAGAUCUCGCCUUAAGCUCUGC